AUGCCGGUUCCUCUCGCUCCGUAUCCAACUCCUCCAACGACACCAUAUACUCCUCCGCCUGUGAAUGGUACACAAAGCCAGCUUGUCUGUUCUGGGUGUAGGAAUCUCUUGCUUUAUCCGGCAGGAGCGACCUCCAUUUGCUGUGCAGUUUGCAAUGCGGUCACUGCAGUUCCUCCUCCAGGCACCGAAAUGGCCCAGUUGGUAUGCGGAGGCUGCCACACCUUACUCAUGUACAUCCGAGGAGCGACAAGCGUACAGUGCUCCUGUUGUCACACCGUCAACCUUGCCUUGGAGGCAAACCAGGUGGCACACGUCAACUGCGGGAACUGCAGGAUGCUCCUGAUGUAUCAAUACGGAGCACGGUCGGUCAAAUGCGCUGUCUGCAAUUUUGUCACAUCAGUUGGUGCUUCGACAAGCACACCGGAACAGAAGUUCAACAGCUAGAAUUAGCAAUAAACCUACCAGUCACAGGCCUCACAACUCAUGGUUAGAACACUUCUAUUAUUCUACUGCCGCUGCGACCACACAUCGUCACCAUCAACGCAAGCAGAGAAAAUCCCUACUAGUUUAACUUGUAUAGACUUUAAAUCUUUUUUCCCCGUCGCGUGACCUUUCAAUGAAUAAGCAGUUUUUCGGCUACCGACAGGUUUGGCCGUAUGAGUACUAGUACUUGUAAUGACAGAGACUCUUCUCUUCAGCUGUCAAUGCAUUUGGAUAAGGAGAGGAAAAAAGGAGAAAAACUUCAUUUUCCAAUCUAUUUACUUUAACAUGGCAUUAAACAUGUCUUCAUGCA